AUGCCUCCCAAAGCCGCCGCUCGUGAAAGCACCCGUGGAGGGGCCACCAGUCGCGGUGCUCGAACAGAUACAACUACUCCGACUCCCGCUGGCGGGGGCAGUGCGCAAACCACUCCCACGGCAACCGGCACGCCCGGUCCUGCGAGUCGAGCCUCAGUGCAACGGCUUCAAUCACUGAACAAACGCACACCUUCCGGUAGCAUCGCGCCCAGCAGUCGGCCCCCGUCGGCGCUUGGUGGCGAGCCGCCCAAACCGGUCCUGAAACACAAGCCGAAGGCCGUUGGGCGUCGCAGCAAGCAGGAGCGAGAUGAGAUCGAGAGACUUGAACAAGAACGAUACAAUGAGCGUUUGAAGGAGGCUGCCGCUAUUCAGCGUGGCCGUGGUGGUACUGCUCGUCGUGCUGGGUUCCGUGGCCGUGGUGGACCCAUGGCUAUGGGCAUGACUGGAUUUGGUGGACGAGGCGGCAAGCGAGGCCGUGGUGGCUAUGGUGGUUAUGGUGGCGGAGGUGGAGGCGGAGGUGGUGGAUAUGGAGGAGGCGCAGGCGGCGCAGGCUCAGGAUACAAUCGGUCUGUUCUUACUGGGGGCAACCGUGGGCGCGCAUAUGACUCUUCAGACGACGAAGAGAAUGCACUCCGUGUCAGCAUCGAUCAUAUCAACCUCGAUAGCGAUGAGGAGGAUUGGGAUACGCCGAAGGAUUUCAAGGGUAAACAACCCAGCAGGUCGAGCGGCGAACGCGGACUUCGUCCUGUCCGUGUUGAGCGACAUGAACAUGAGGAAAGAGUCAUCAGUGUCAACAUGGAAUCUAGCACAAGCAGAACCGCCGAUCUCCGCAAAAAAGCAGAGAAGGAGAAAGCUGCGAAGGAUGUCGGCCGUACACCUACUAAGGUCAAACCCGAACCUCAAGACGACGACACAACUAUGCGGGAUGCUAUCCCACACGCAGAUGACGACGACUUCCUCCCGGAGCAUAAUGUGCGUGUGCGCUCGGCUCAGAGCAUGAGUCCAACAAAGAGGAGCACAACAGAACUACGAUCGACUCAACCUUCGCCUGAGCCCGAAAUCCCAGACCCACGCAGCCUACUUCACACCAAAGAGGAAACCGACGAAUAUGACCGACACAUGGAAGAUUUGGCUAUCAUCAGGGAUCUUCUUGUUCCCAAGGAGUCAAAGAAGGCCACCACAGACGCGGAAACCGCUGAAGUCGCCGCUGAAGGCAAACCCGCCGCAGUGGAAGGACAGGAAGGUGACCAAGCAAGCGAAGAGAAGGAAGAACAGGAAGAAGACAACCCUCUACAUGGCCAAAUGUUCCUCAUGCAAUUCCCACCGAUGACCCCCUACCUCAGAGUCGCUGGUUCUGCCCAUGGCAACCAAAACCAAGCUGCAGCCCCAGCCGCAACUGCACCUCUCCAGAACGAGAUCAAGCGCGAAGCAGGCGACGACGUGGAGAUCGUGGAAAACAACCAACCAACCGAAUCAAAAGAUAACAGCGUCAUCACAGCCGGCCAACCAUGGUCUCUGCCCACAGGCCGUGUCGGCAAAUUGAACGUACACCAGUCAGGCCGUGUGACCCUAGACUGGGGUGGAAUCAGUAUGGAGUUGGAUCGUGGAGCACCGGUUGGUUUCGUCCAGGAAGCCGUCAUCUUGUCGAAGGUGCCACCGGAGCCGGAGGAAGACACACCAAAACAUGUUUGGUCUAUGGGCCAAUUGUCUGGCAAGUUCACAGUCACGCCGAAUUGGGAUGAGAUGCUUUGA